CACUUUAACAAACCUCUCUUAUCUUCUUCUCUUCUCUCACUCGCUCAGAAUUUCUGAACUCUAUACUAAAUUCAGUAGUAUCAAUGGCAAUUUCAUCAAGAUAUGUAGCUUUGUCCAUGUCUUUGGUUCUUGUUAAUCUGAUCAUGUUCAGUAACUUCUCAGAAGCUAAAGAUUUCUUAGUUGGAGGGAAAUCAAAUGGAUGGGAAAUCCCAUCAUCACCUCAAUCUCAACCAUUAAAUCACUGGGCUCAAUCUUCUCGUUUCCAGCUUGGGGAUUCUCUAGUAUGGGAAUAUGAAACAGGAAAAGACUCAGUGUUGCAAGUAACAAGAGAGAGCUACUUGAACUGUGUUUUGACAAAACCAAUUGCUGAAUACAAAGAUGGUAAAAACACUAAAGUUGAAGUCAACGAAUCUGGUCCUUAUUAUUUCAUCAGUGGAGCUAAAGGGCAUUGUGAGAAAGGCCAGAAAUUGAUUGUUGUUGUCAUGGCACCAAGAAGUACUGCACCUGCCCCUUCACCAGUUGAUGCACCAGCUGUAUCUCCCACUAGUGGUGCUACUACUACUAUCAGCAGCAGCUCAAGAUUUGGAGGAGUUUUAUUGAUCAUGGGUUUGGGAAUCGCUUUGGUGGUUUAAAAUGGGAAAUAUUUUUUUUAUUGUUGAUGAAAUUUACAAAAAUUUAUUGAUAUCAGAAAUUCAAAUUAUAAUGAAUGAAAUCUGGGUUUUUUAA